AUGAAUUUAAUAUUAAGUUAUAAAAAAAUUAAAAGUUACUUCACAGCUUUUAAAAUGCGUGAGAUUGCAUUAGGUGUGACAUUGGCCAUGGUAAACAUUUUUAGUUUACACUACGAUGGCAAAAUUGUAAGGGUGAAAAGGAAUCGCUUAAAUCAUCAUCAACGCAUACUUCGAAAAUUACUAGUUUACUUAACCAUGUUAAAUAAUUUGUGUGUUCUAAUUACUUCCUGUUUAAUAUAUAUUUUUCGCAAACUCUUUCCAAAAUUGGUGCUGCUUUUAAAUGAAUAUGGAUUUAUCACUAAAUUAGAAUACGUCUCGAAUUUAUCACACACGUUUAAUACAAUAAAAUAUUUAACUACAUUCUAUGCGUUGAUACACUGGCAGUAUAAUAAGAACAAAAAAAUUAUAAUAACACUUUUAAAUGAUAUGUUAAAAAUGAGCAGAAAAUUAGACAAACACAUAGCUAUCGAUUUAAAUAAGUUGCCGCCACACUGUAAUUUCCUCUUUCAUUUGCAAUUUCUUUUGAUUAUUGGGAAUUUACUAAACAAUAUGUGUAUGCUUUUUAAAGUUGAGGACUUGCUCACUGUUUUGAUGGGCAUCAUCAACGAUUCUUACUAUGCAACGCUCUACGUUAUGUAUCAAAUUGUGCUGCUAAUUCAAUGGAAUAUCCAUGAGAAUGUUAAUGCAAAUUUCGAGAAACGCAUCGAAUGUAAUGCAAUUAAAAACAAAGACGUAUUGAAGUUCAUUGCAUUGCUGAAACAUUUAAAAAAUCUACAAAAUAAUUUCGCCAAAAACUUUGUGUGGCUUCCAUCUGUGGUUGUUUUCAAGGCUUUCUUUACAAUUACCGAAACCUCGUUUCUUUGGAAUUAUAUAAGACAACAUAAUAGUUUGGCUGGCACUCGAUUAAUUUGGUUACAUAGUAGCGCCGCAUUAUGUUGGCUGGAUGUAUUCCUAUUGGUUUUUAUGCUAAGUGAAUUGCGUCGAUUGGACCAUUACACACAACAACUUUUAUUGAAAGUGACUGCACUGCAAUACGGUCGCAGAGACACAUUUAAAGAGCUCAAAAUGUUUUUAUCGACUUCUCAUUUGAAGCCUUAUACUUUUCAUCUAAAUCCAUUUCUACAACGUAUGAGUAACCUUCUUUCCUGGUCUAUUUUUUGGCCUUUUGCUUUCGGACUCUUUAUAACGCGAAUAAACCCAUUCAAUUUCAGUUUUCUGCGCAGUUUAAGUCAAUAAAUUAGAAUAAGAAAUUAAUAGAUGUUUUCUCACCUGUAUA